AUGGAAAAUUAUCAAUUUGAUGUUUAAGAUUCCCUUACUCAAAGUAAUGAAUCAACGCCUCAAUGUAAAAUUGAAAUAUUGGAAUAAUUAUAAUUCAUUUCAACUGAAACUCUAUCCCUCAUUAACAUAGAAGAAUCUGACGAAGAGAUGGACAUAGUUAAACAGAAGCAAAGGUAAACACAAAUAUUCGGCAGGAGAGCUUCCAUUCAAGAAUCUCAACAAAGUUCACAAUAAUCAAAUGAGAAUUAUCAUAAUCAAAUUUUAAUCAAGCAAAUUGAUCAGUAAAUUUAAUAAAACAAAUAGCUAGACUAUUAACAAUUAAAGAGAUCCAUGAAAAGGAGUCAAACGGCCUUUAAAAAAGAUUUUGGUCAUUUGGCUAAAUAACACAGAUCUAAAAUAUUUUUGAAGCGAGCCAAUUAGGCAAUCGUCAACAAUUUUGAACAAAUCAGAAAACAAAAAUCAAUUAUCACCUACAAUAUUAACUCUAUCGGAAAAUAACAUUUACGCACUAUCCAAGUCAAAUAUUUCAGAACCAACCUCUCAAAAGUCCUAUUCAUCGAAAAAGAAAUGACAGCCAUUGAAUUCAUUGUACUUGCAUUAAAAGAAUAUAGUCUUGAACGCAGAUUCGAUUAAAAUCUAUACGAAUACAAGAAUUAUACUCUAGCUUAUUAAUUGGAAACCUUGGAAGAUCAAAUGGAAAUGGAUGAGGAUCGCUUCAGAAAACCUAUAUAACGUGCAAAAAGCUUUAUUGAAAAGGAUGAAGAUAACAUUGCUGCUAGAAGAGUCAGUUGCGAUGAAAGAGCAAUCACAUCCUAGGUGGAGUAUUCUUUUGCAGAUAUUGAAGAUAGAACAAUAACUAUUGAUUAUCCAUCUGUUUUAAGUUGUAAACAAGUUGAUAUUGUAGUCAAUUCAACAUGUCAAUUACAAUUUGGCAUAGAUUUACUAACUCUUAAAAAGACUUAUGAAUUAUACCCAUAAUAUAUAAUACUCAUGGUUGAGGAUGCUCAAACUCAGUCUAGUUAAUAAAUUAGUUGUCCCAAUACAUCAACAUUAGAAAAUGUGUUUGAUUUAUUAAACAGUUCAACAAACAAAAAAUCCAAGAAUGACUAUUAUUUAAGAUUGAAAUACCCCUGUAUACACACUGAUAUCAGCCCAUUAUGCUUGACUACACCAAUCAAAGAAUUGCCAAUUCAUUGGUUAAUACUAGAAAAAAAAUAUUCAAUUGAAACUUAGACCCCUGAACUUAUAGAUAUUAGCAAUAAAUUUUCAAAUUUCAAACAACCUAAUUAUAUUGAAGAUGGAUUCUAAUCUUAUAAUCCAUAAGAAUCUCUAUUUAAAAUGGAAUCUAGGAAUUUUUUAUCUUCCAUAUAUUCUUACCAAGAGUAUGAACUGACACAAUUAAAAAGAGAUUAGCAAUAUUAAGUAAUAAUAGGAAUUGAUUAUUUUGACAUUCGAAUCAUCUACAUCAAUUAAUAGAAUAACUUAUCCUAAAAUUAUUCUUUGUUCUAGUAUAUAACAAAUUAUAUUGUAGAUAUGUUCAAGAAUCAUAAGGAAUCUGAGAAAAUUAUUAAAAUAAAGGCUAUUAAAGAAAGUUCUUAAGAUAAAAAGUAAAACAAAUUUUAUAUCACAUACAAGAAUUCUGUUCGAAAUUUUAAAUAAUUAUGCUUUAUUCCAUAAUAAAGUAAUGAUAAAAGAACAUAAGCUAAAUUAAAUAAAUAAUUUUUUGAAAUUUAUUAAAAAUUAGAUAAAUUAUUAGCAAUUAGGAAGAAUCAAUUAGGAAUCUAUGAAGCAUUAUAGUGA